UUGGCUGACUGCGUUUCCAGCGCAGGACAACCAAUGAAACCAAAGCAGAGGCUCGGCGUAUAACAGCAAAGAUUGACGUGGAGAACGCGUCAAAUUAAUUCCAGCAGACUCCGGACUCCUCGGGAUAACUUACAUUUGCAUUUAUCGGAUGAAGAUCACUUUGGCCCCUUUGUACGCUGCAGCCACUUGCUUCCCAAAAAAACAAGGGGAGCGCGUCGCAGUCGGCCGAGGUUACGGGAGGUCCACCUUUUCCACUUCUUGUUCCACUCGUCCCCCCUUCCUCUUCUGACUUCGCUCGGACGCUUUCAGCCAUUUGAAGGGGACUCCAAUAUUUCCGAGCAUCUCGAAACAAAUAGACAAAUGGAGCAAACCUAUGGAGAGGUGAACCAGCUGGGCGGUGUGUUCGUCAACGGGAGACCCCUGCCCAACGCCAUACGUUUAAGAAUAGUGGAGCUGGCUCAGCUCGGGAUCCGGCCCUGCGACAUAAGCCGACAGCUCCGAGUCUCCCACGGCUGCGUGAGCAAGAUUCUAGCGAGGUACAACGAGACGGGCUCCAUCUUGCCCGGUGCCAUCGGUGGGAGCAAGCCACGGGUCACCACGCCGAACGUGGUGAAAAACAUCAGGGAAUACAAACAAAAUGACCCCGGGAUCUUCGCCUGGGAGAUCAGGGACAGGCUUCUGGCCGACGGCGUUUGUGACAAAUACAACGUGCCGUCCGUCAGCUCCAUCAGCCGGAUUUUACGCAACAAGAUCGGAAAUCUUUCCCAGCCUAACCAGUAUGAAAGCAGCAAGCAAGCCUCCGCGCAGGCCGGCCUCUCCUACAACCACAUAUACCCCUACUCCUACCCGAACACUAUGUCGCCCACCAGCGCUAAAAUGGGCAACCCCGCUGGAGUACCGGUCACGGCUGGACAUAUGAGCUUAUCCAGGGCUUGGCCUUCGCCUCAUACCGUCAGCAACAUCCUUGGAAUACGAGCCUUUAUGGAUCCCACAGGUAAUGUUUUCAAUUCAGCCAUCGCCGGGACAGAGGGGUAUGCACCAAAAAUGGAGGAGUGGAGCGGCGUCAACAGAGCAGCUUUCCCAGCUCCCCACACGGUCGGCGGGAUUGACAAAUCAGCUAUCGAGGCUGAUAUAAAAUAUCCACAGCCCUCCUCCACGUUAUCCGGUUAUGUCUCGGCGUGCGCCUACUCUCCCACCAACCAGUACGGGGUGUACAGCGGCCCCCCGGGCGGAUACGUGGCCCCGGGCCACCACCACUGGCAGCCGCAGAGCCCCAACCUGUCCCACCCGGGCAGCGGGAUGAGCAUGCACGCGGGGGAGAUCCACUCACCGAUGGCCUUCAAGCAUCAAGUCCGAGAAGGAGACAGAAAACCCCCCACCCCCCUGAGCAAGCAGCAGCAGCAACAUGAAGACUUGAACAGCGUGCACGGCCUCAGUCUCCCUACCUCGUCAUCAUAACCGGGACUCACGGCCCCCUUUAUUUACCAGACAUAUUUAAAUGAACUCAUUUCAACCGCUCCAACAGUAAGUGAUCACUAAUAGCUGCUUCGUUGCUGGCAGCCAGACACAGGCCUGUUCAUACCCCUCCCGAGUCGCCUUUAUCGGUCUGUGGCCAUUUGAAUGUAAGCUUACAUGGAUGUAUCGGUGCUUUCCAUCACUGGUUGAUAGUUUCUUUUUUUUCCCCCGUUUUUUCCCCCCCAGAUAUUUCAUGUUGCUGGACCAUAUCUAAUAGGGACUGCAGGACUAAAUUGUGUAAAUCUAAUCUGUCAUUGAUGUGUUAUUUGAGAAAAACGGGGGCUCCUCUGUAAUUCGACAUAAAUCCUAUUAACCGAAAUUGUGAUCAAGAUCUCGAUUCUGACUUGACGAUGUGAACAAAAUAUAUAAAUUGUCUAAAUGUAAAAUAUAUGCAAAAGCUUUAAUUAUAUAUUUUUAUAAUUCCUUGUGAAUAUUAAAAAAAAUAAAGGCAACUUUCAAUGCCAUUGUGUUGCUUUAGCCUGUUUCUUUUUCCAAUAUAGAUUCAUGGAGUGGCACCGAGAAUAAUCCUUGAUCAUAAUAAUCUUUUUUCGAUGGAAGUGGCUUAUAAG